AUGUAUAAUAUUAUCGACGGCGGCAGACAGCAAGGCUCGAUUCAUGUACAAAUUCUAUUUCUAGACGCGGCACGGCAAAGCCCUCCCCCUCCCCCCCCCAGUUUUCUUCUUUUUAUUGGCCCAUUGAGGAGUGACGUCACGGAACUGGGUCAGGGCGCCGCCCCCAUUGAGGCGGGCCCCGCCCCCGCUCGCCUAACGAUCCCCCGUUCCACCCCCACCCCCUCCCCCCUGGGGUCUAUAAUAGUCGAAGGGAUAAGCCGGCAAUCGAUCGACGCCUGCAAAGACUACUUCAGGGACGACCUAGUGAAGACAGACUGGCAGCUGAUGGUGGAACUGAAGAAGCUCUUCCAGAUCCUGUAGUUUCCGGGGACGACCGCCCCCCUUCCCCCCUUAAAUAUAUAUAUCUAAUCACAAAUGUAAUUAUAUAUGUACUUCCGAGUAUAUAUAUAUUAUAGCAAAUAUUUAUAAAUAUAUAUAUAUAUAUUUCGUAUGAAAGAUAAUAAUAUAACUGUACAUUUCUAUCCUUUGUAGUUUUUUAUGCCUUGGGAAGUAACUUUUGGUUACUUCUUUAUUUGAGACUGUGUGUAUUUGGAACGAAAGAUCAAAUUCAAUAAAUCUGAAACAAUGAAUUAUGCGGUGAUUAUAUAUUUUGUUUUCUUUUUUUAUUUUUUUUUUUUAUUAUCAUUUAUAAUUAUUUAUAUUUUAAAUUUGGAAUUAUGAUAACUGGUCUAACAAUACUGCCUGUAUAUUGUAUUAAAAAUAACAAAUAUUCUCUCUGAUACUGCCCAAGGUUCUUUCAUAUAUAGUUAAUUGUCUAUAUAUUAUCACUAAUAUAUAUAUACUGCAAUAGAUAAAAGAAACUAACAAUUAAAUUUUUUUUUUAAGUAAG